AUGUUAAGGCUGAAUUCCAAAUUAAUAAGGAAACCUCCUCCACCAAUAAUUGAAGAACCCCAAUUUUCUGACGAUUUGGAUUUCAAGAAAUUUGACAUUGAUAGUUAUUUAUCCAAAUCUCCCAUAAUUUCGUCAUUUAGGCAGCAAAAUCCCAAUUUACAACCAACCAGUGACGAUAGUGAUUUCGACAUGUAUAGUUCAUUAGAUCCUUCAAUUAAGAGUGUACCUCCUAGUCCUGCUAUUUCCCAAGCAUCCUUCAUUACAGCCAAUGAUUUUAGUCCAAUGAUGAAUAGUCCAUUCCCAUCAAUUGGUAAUGGCCAAUCAAAUGGGAAUGGUCAUUCAAAUGGAAAUGGUGUCAAUGGCAGUGCUAAUGGUUAUAGUCCAGGAAAUGGUAGUUUAACAGAGAAACAUGAAGGUCUUGGGAUCUAUGAUGGGAAGUUUAGUACUACAGCUCCAUUGGAACCAAUAGUGGUAGAUUUACCUAAUAGAAAAUUUAAAGAUAGGUUCAAAAGAUUAUCUUUAAACAAUUAUGGUACUAAGAAGUUCAUCCCUAGUCAUAAGAAGUAUCCUAGUGAAGGUGGGAAACGAUUAUCAAUGCUAUUACCUAAUAGACAGAGAUCAGAUUCUUAUCAAUCAAUAACUUCUGAUGGUGGUGAUGAAGAUGUGGUUAAUCCACCAUAUUGGAAAUAUCAUAUUUUGAGAUUUGGAAAAGAUUUAUAUCUUACAACCAAUCCUAGUUUAAAGCAUAUGUAUUGUAGAAAUGGUCCGGGAUAUUAUGUUGAGAUUACUAGUGGUAAAACUGCAGAUGAUGGGUUUACUAUGGUUUUCAAAGAUUCUACUAAUCAAUCUGAUAAAUCCAUACCACCAAUAAUGAUCAUUCAUAAAAAGUCAGUUAAAGAAGGAGGUCAUCUUACUAUUUCCUUGACUAAACAAAAUCAAUUAAAGAAAAAUAUCAUCAAAAAUGAUAAAAAAUCAGAUAAAACUAAAAUUUUCAAUGGAUUAUCAAUUCCUCAAACGAUACCUGAACAAUUCAUUCCAUAUGAUAAAAUCUCCAAUAACAAAUUCUUUGAAAGAAAUGAAAUUAAUUUCCAAAAUUAUGAAUUAAGAGAUUUCAAUAAUGUUAAAUGGAAUAUUGGAUCAAUUCCAAGAGUUAGAUUUAGCAGAAUGAAUAAAUUCAAGACCAAUUUGGAUAAUAAAUCAAUGAAAAAUUCAUCGAGUUCAUAUUCUUUGCAAUCAAUAACUUCAAUUCAAUCGAAUCAAUCAUUCCAAUCAGAAGAACCUUUCAAAUUCAUCGGACAGAAAAAUAUUUACUUUCAUCAAAAUUAUCUUGAUUCAAAUACUCCUUUACCUUAUAAAUCCAAUAAUCCUGAAGAUACUUAUUUACAAACAGACGAAACAUCAUUCCCCCCAGUAUUGGGGUUAUUCAGACCUUAUGAAAAGAAAUUAACUAAGAAAUUUGUUAAUUCUAUAAAUAAAAGAUUAAGUAGAUCAUUUGAUAAAGAUUUAUCCAUUGUAGAUUUAAACAAUUUUAAUAAGUUUAAAAAUAAUUUAGUUAACAAUGAUUUAGCAGGAGGGAGUAUUAAGAAUUAUUUUAUUGCCGGAGAUGGGUUAUAUUAUAACCAAAAUCCAUUAGACGAUUUACCUGAUGAUAAUAAAUUAGGAUGGUUAACUAUUUAUGAAGAUAAGAUGUUACAAGAUAAAGGCAUGUUUGACUUAGUAUUAGGGAUCUUAACAGCCGUUGGAUAUGAAAGUUAUAUGAAAGGAAUUAAGUAG